AAGAAAAAGACUAGCUGAAAACCGUUUUGAAUUUGUUGACAAACAGUUGCGGCACCAAAAGGGUACCCACCAAAAGGUUCGAGGAAAGAAAGAAUCAUGUUGCGUUCUACUAUUUUGCGACAACAGAUCAUCAGAAUUUGCAAUUUGAAGAAUUGCAUCCUUAGCUGUGGUAAAAUCAAAACUACAGGAAGACAACUCCCUCCUUUUCCUUGGAGAACUGCAUCUACACAUUGCCAUGGUAGCAGUGCAGCAGUCGCAAAGGAGAGUAUCGUGAUGGAGGGAUUGAAACAGCGUAUCCAUACUCUAGGUCCCAUCACAGUAGCAGACUAUAUGAAGGAAGUCCUUACAAGUCCUGUUGGGGGUUACUACAUGCAGGGAGAUGUGUUUGGUGAGAGAGGAGAUUUCAUUACUUCCCCAGAGAUAAGUCAGAUGUUUGGAGAGCUGAUAGCUCUGUGGAUCAUCCAUGAAUGGUCAAGAUUAGGAUGUCCGAGACCCCUACAGCUGGUAGAGCUUGGUCCUGGUAGAGGUACCCUUGCAGAUGAUGUACUCAGGGUUUUUAAGCAGUUUCCUCAGCUUCCCCUGGACACCUUGAGCCUCCAUCUCAUUGAGGUGAGUCCUGGAAUGAGUGAUGUCCAGCACAAGACACUCACAGGUCACCAACAGAGGUUAAAGGAUGAGGUCAAUGGAGGGGUCAUCGAUGGUAUACCAUACAGGUUGGCAUCAACCAAGGGGGGUAUUCCAGUCUCAUGGUAUACAAGUCUUUCCCAAAUUCCAAGUGGUUUCACAUGCUUCCUUGCACAUGAAUUCUUUGAUGCCUUACCAAUUCAUAAAUUUCAGAAAAGUUCUUCUGGAUGGCGAGAGAUAAUGAUUGAUGUGGAUGAUGAUUCUAACAGUCCUCAAGACCUCAGGUUUGUUCUGUCACCAGCCCCUACGCCGGCUUCUAAUUCCUUCAUCCAGGCCUCAGAAACGCGAGACCAUGUAGAGGUGUGCCCGACUGCCGCGGUCAUUGUCCAAGAGAUGGCAGGACGUAUCUACAGUGAUGGCGGCAUGGCACUCAUUGUUGACUACGGACAUGAUGGCACCAAAACAGAUACAUUCAGGGGUUUCAAAAACCACCAGCUCCAUGAUGUGUUGUGUGAACCUGGUACAGCUGACCUUACAGCUGAUGUAGACUAUGCUUACCUCAGACGUAUGGUUGGGGAUAGAGCUGCUACCUAUGGCCCAAUUCACCAAGGUUUGUUCUUACAGAUGAUGGGAAUAGACACAAGACUAAAGGCAUUAUUGAAAAGCACACCUUCGGAGGAACACAAGAACCUAAUCAGUGGCUACAAGAUGCUGACCCAGCCAGAUCAAAUGGGCGAGAGAUUCAAAUUCUUUUCUAUCCUACCUCAUCUACCAAACCAGUAUGUUCCAGCUGGAUUCAGAUGAAAUUUUAUAUAAUCUUUAUGCAUUUUUAUUACUACCAGAUAUCAUUUGAAUGCUUCCAUUGUUUUAUCUUCACUCUCACUGCCGCAGUGCCUUACCAGGCGACAUUUAAUUUUACAGCUAUGGAAGCACUUGAUUUAUGUUGUAUAUAUUACAGUAUGUAUGAAUAAGAGUAUAUUAUAAUGAAUAUAUAGAAUAAUUGUAGUGCAAUAACCCUAUUUAAUAGGGCCAAGUUUUUUUUUAUAUACCUUUACCCACCAAAGAUAAAUGCCAGAUGCAUUAUUCACAAAUUUGGUUUAAAACUGUGGUGCACAUCAUAGUCGUACAGUUUUCAUGAAAGCUUAAUUUAGCCUAUCAUUGAGAAUAGGCUUAAUAUCAAUGAGCCCAGAUUUUUUAAUGAAUUAGCCCACUCUUUAUAUAAAUUAAUGAACUGCUUACUCAAACUGUAGCAACAAGCAUAAAUUUAGCACCUUAUGUAGCAUACAAAGUCAAGCAGUAACUCUGGACGACGAUUUAUGUCUAAAGGCAAAUAGAGCAUGAGCCCAUUUAGAGAUGAGUUGCUGUAUUACCAACCAACCAAUUGUACAAUUGUAGAGUUUCUGAGCAUGUUUGCAGCUCGUCUGCAAACUCUCUAAGCUCCUUGUUACUAGUCACCGCAAACCCAUCUGUGACACACACCUCAGCCAUGCUUCUUCCAUCUUGUGGUUGUCUCCGAACCAUUCUGCAAGGAGCUCCUUUGCUCUAGUUUAGCCGCAAUCAGGUGGCAUCAUCAUUCUUUCAAUAUGACAAUACAGCACGUACCUAUCACAGAAUCCCUCUGACCCUGUAGAAUUUGAGCAAUCACAUUCAACUUACACAUUGUCUACACAGCUAUUGAUAUUGUCUUCCAUUACACUUCCUAACGGCAUAGCAAAAUCUGUGUAAGAGUGGAAGCCGUUAACAGACCUGCCAACCUCUGGGAAUGAAAAAUUGUAUUCUGUGAUAAAAAAAAACAGUAUUUUUCCCAAAAAAGUGUAUUUCAUAAUGAAAUGCGUGGCGCACUCGCUCAUCGCUGCGCUCAAGCUGCAUGCAAGCUAAAAUGCGCACUGCUCUUGCAGAUGAAAAAAAAAACAUUGAAACGUGUAUAUCUCACCUAAGUUUUAUGAAAUAGAGACAUAUAGAGAUGAUUUUUCCUCAAUAAAUCAAUAAAAAAAAAUUUUACAAAAACAUUUUUCAAAGAAAAAACGUACUGCCGUAUUUUGGUUGCAAAAACGUACUAAAUACGCAAAAAACGUACUGGUUGGCAGGUCUGUGUUAAUCCACAAAAAUCCACACUUGAACUUGCUGAGCUGUUUGGUUCAUAUUAUUUUUCAAACAUUAAAUAAUUUGACAUCUAAGCAUAAAUACAUUGGCUUGUCUAAAAAUAUGACUCGACUCAACAAGACAGCCAAAUCUAACCCUUUUAAGGCCAUAGUUGUUCCCCAUCCAAGCCGCCCUCUGUCGGCAAACCUUACAAGAUAAAUCCUAUUCCUCAUUUAUGAUAUAACAGAACUUUCACCUUAUAACAUAAGUUUGUUUCACUGUGUGAACUAUGUAGCUCAAGUACCAAUAUUACCUUUGUGAAUCAGGCGAUGUUUCUUCAUCUUCCACUAACCAUCCCGUUUUCGUUCUCGCCACUAUUUUAGAACCAUUUGAUACAUCAACAUCAAUAUUAUCUUAUAUGUUUGCAUCAGUGUUCUGUUUUAAGAUUUAUAUUAUUUACUUAUGCCCAACAUACAUAUGGUUUGUUUUUCAUAUUUCCCAGACACUCCUGUUUUGUCUCAGAGCUGCUUGUCUUGGCUUGCAGUGAAUAUUAGGGUAGUGAUGUGUAUGAAAAUGAGUAUACUAGGCUUGUAUCUGUAAUCAUUUAUUUAGUGACCUUUCUAUGUAUCUCUGUCAGAUAUUCAUUUUUGUCUCACCUGCAUAGCAGAGUGAGACUAUAGGCGCCGCUUUUCCGACGGCGACGGCGGCGGCGACGGCGUCAACACCAAAUCUUAACCUGAGGUUAAGUUUUUGAAAUGACAGCAUAACUUAGAAAGUAUAUGGACCUAGUUCAUGAAACUUGGCCAUAAGGUUAAUCAAGUAUUACUGAACAUCCUGCCUGAGUUUCAUGUCACAUGACCAAGGUCAAAGGUCAUUUAGGGUCAAUGAACUUAGACCAUGUUGGGGGAAUCAACAUCAAAAUCUUAACCUAAGGUUAAGUUUUUGAAAUGUCAUCAUAACUUAGAAAAUAUAUGGACCUAGUUCAUGAAACUUAUACAUAAGGUUAAUCAAGUAUCACUGAACAUCCUGCAUGAGUUUCACAUCACAUGACCAAGGUCAAAGGUCAUUUAGGGUCAAUGAACUUUGGCCGAAUUGGGGGUAUCUGUUGAAUUACCAUCAUAACUUUGAAAGUUUAUGGAUCUGAUUCAUGAAACUUGGACAUAAUAGUAAUCAAGUAUUACUGAACAUCCUGUGCAAGUUUCAGGUCACAUGAUCAAGGUCAAAGGUCAUUUAGGGUCAAUGAACUUUGGCCAAAUUUGGGUAUUUGUUGAAUUACAGCCAUAAAUUUGAAAGUGUGUUGGUCUAGUUCAUAAAACUUGGACAUAAUAGUAAUCAAGUAUCACUGAACAUCCUGUGCGAGUUUCAGGUCACAUGAUCAAGGUCAAAGGUCAUGUAAGGUCAAAGAACUUUGGCCACGUUGGGGGUAUUUGUUGAAUUGCCAUCAUAUCUCUAUAAGUGUAUUGGUCUAGUUCAUAAAACGUGGAAAUAAGAGUAACCAAGUAUCACUGAACAUCUUGUGCGAGUUAUAGUAGUUUUCAAAAUCAGCACUGCUGCUAUAUUGAAUCGCGUGAUGCAGGUGAGACGGCCAGAGGCAUUCCACUUGUUUACUGUAAAUGAGUUGUACUCUUAUAUCCUGAAGCGAGUCGAUAGAAUCAAUAUAAAGUCUAAAUCUAAACCUUUCUAAUGUCAGUGUGUACAAGAAGAGUGAUAUUUACAAGUUUCUGUUUACAUGCAGAUGAUAGCAAUCCUGGGCAAUUCAUAGGCAAUCCAGACUGAGUGAAACUGCCAAAAACGUCCUCAUGAGGAGUGAAUCCAAACAUUUUUUAUUCUUAGAGGAAAAAAAUUGAAUAAAUAUAAUUUCAUAUUAUUAGAUACAAAAUAAUUAGUGGGGAUGUGACAUCAUAAACUUGCUCAUUGCACAACAAAUGUGCAUUAUACCUUUCAAGUAUCAGAAGUGGUGCAAAGGUGCACGGACAAAUUUGUUAUUGUGUUUAAUAUAUGAUGUCAAAUGAUUUUUUAUGUAAAUCUGGACAUUAAUUAUGGGCUAACCUUUUCUAUUUUGCACCAUUUCCAAAUAAAAGAAUGUGAUUAGUCCAGUUAUUGUCACUUUGCACAAAACAAAGCUCUUGCCUCUGCAACAUAUUCCUUGACACCUCAUAUUCCAUUUUAGUCUCACCAUGUCUGAGCAAGAAAUGUCUGAGAUCCAUCAUCAUGAAAUAAUUUAUUAUCUAUUCUACAGCCUCUUUAAUUUUUGUAUAAGAUCAAACUUAUAUGAUGAGGAUCUUACACCAAGCCUUCUAAUUUUCAACUCGUGUUACGUUAUUGUUUCUAUAAUGAUAAUAAUCAACUGAACUUUUUUCAGCUAUUUGUUUUUCUUUAUGUGAAAAGCACUUUGAUCAAAUAAAACUACGCCUUGAUAGUUUGAA